CGAUGUCGAAACUGUUGCGAUAUUUGACAGAUACGUCGUUUCGUACGUUGAAAUUUGAGUCCGUCUGUCCCUAAUGACGGUGACACGUUGUGAAUUCUUUUCUAGAACCUCUACACGAAACGCGUCUACGUACGUAUAUUUCGCGCUUUUUCCCCUAUGUUUCGACGAGGCGUUAGUAUCGCUGGAAGCUUUUAGUAAAAUACGCUAACAUGGCGUCUGCGUCGGUUCCUUUGCUAAUGGAUGAUGAUACGAUUGCUUUUGGCGAGGAGGAUGAACCGGGUCAAGAUAAUAAUAAACUUAAACAUCCAUACGUCACUAUGUUUCAUUUAACCUUCAGAAUAUCAGCAAUAGUAGCCUAUAUGUUAUGUGGAUGGUUUUCAAAUAGCUUUAUAACUAGUUUCGUUGUUGUUGUAUUACUUUUGUCAAUGGAUUUUUGGACUGUUAAAAAUAUCACUGGAAGGUUAAUGGUUGGUCUUAGAUGGUGGAAUUAUGUGGAUGACAAUGGGAAAAGUCAUUGGGUAUUUGAAUCCAAGAAGGGUGUUCAACAGAAUCGUAUCAAUACCACAGAAGCUCGUAUUUUUUGGUUAGCUUUAAUUCUCUGCCCACUCUUGUGGUCAGUAUUUUUUGUAGCAGCAUUGUUUAGUUUGAAAUUUAAGUGGUUGCUGCUUGUAUGGAUUGCAAUUGUUUUAAGUGGUGCAAAUUUAUACGGAUAUGUAAAAUGUAAAAUGGGAAACGAGAAAAAUAUUUCCGCAGCCACCAGUGACUUUUUGAGAAAACAAGUCAUACAAAACGUUGCGUCCAUGAUGUCUAGGAGUCCACCCACAGGCAAUCCAAAUGAACCAACAAAUGUGAUAUAAAAGUAGAAUUUUUCUGCCAUGAUAUUAUUUAAAAAUAACGUGAGUACUUUAUUAUAAAAACGCAAUUUGUAUAUAACGAUACUGACAAUUGUAUAUCCCGAUGAAAUAAUAUAAAAUAAAAUUGCUAUUGAACAUA